CGAGCUCAGUUUUCGUACAGGUGUCGACCCGCGUGCAAUCACCCAGUGCGGCGUAACAUAAUCGUACAUAAAAAAUAAUAAUAUUGUCGUUAUCGUUCCGUUCGCGUAUUUUAUUGUUUACAAUAAUCUGUUCGAUAUCGUUAUUGGAGUGCGUGGUGUUUUAAUCAACUAAUUAUUACCAACUAAUUGCGUCUUAAUUUUUUUUACUGGUAUUUAAUUUUUUUUUUCAUAAUUUAAAUUUUUCGCGUCUUAAGUACACGCAGAUGAACAGUGUUCGGUAAUCGCCGCCUCGGAUGGAAUAUAGUUUUCGAAAUAUGAUAACAUACACUGAUUACUGAUGCUAACGAGGACACUGCGAGGGCUAAUGUAAUAAACCCUUAUAAUAUUAACAGGUGACGAUGAGCGUGACAACAACGAUAACGACGGCUGACUGCGAGCUGUUAGGUCGGGGCCCCGUCCAAGGAUCUGCUGACUCGGACAGCCUGGCCACGCUGGUCAGACAGCUGUGCAAGAAACAGCAACAGCGUGGUCGGUUACCGGGACGCCGGUGUACAGUAGCAUGCAGCCGGGAUGCUGGGCUGGAGAUUGUUCCGUACCAGAGGAAGCGGCCAGACGACGAGGGUUUCGAGUCAGAUGAGGACUUAGCGUCGCUAGGCUCAUACGAUGAUCCCGCAAAGAGAAAGACAGGAACGUUAGCAGCUGUAUCAACGGCGGCAGGUGCAGCGUCGGACAGUGCCAACAGCAGUGGCGUUUCAGAAGACAGCGAUGACGCAGAUGCCGCUUCACUGAGAGGUGGACAGACACCAGUCGCAGUCUCCACGGAGAUGGCUGACGGAUCUGGUCGGGAGGCAUAUGGGCUGACUGAUGUGGCAUUCUGUCACACAGAUGCAGCAGCACUACCCGGUAUCGCAGUAUGGGUGAUCAAAACCAGGAGGACGCCAUCCGCAGGUCUGGAAGCCAUCGUGGUCCGGAGCAGGGACAACCGGCUGCAGGACGUGUGCCGGGCGUACCAGGAGCUCAGCAGGCGUAUUAAGUUGGAGCCGAAGCCUUGGGUUGGUCACACGAACGGUGGUGGUGGACCGUUGUCGUCGCAAAGGCGCAAAGUCGGAGUCAGUGGUGGAAACAUAGCGCUGACGGCAAUGCCUGAAGUGAACAGAUUUAACCUGGUGCAGCGGACCGAUACCGACGGAGUGACGCACAUUGAAGUAACAGCGGGACCUGUGGUGGCGGCAGCUAACUCAACCUCUAGGGACUCGUCUCAGUCGAGCAUCAUAAGUAUAAGCACUCCCGAAUCUCCAAGGCCGUCGAUCAAAGACCGAUCUUAUGGAGACGAUAAUCAAGACCGAGACGAUGGUGAUAGUGGCAUUGAACCACCUCCGCAGAGACCGGAAAGGAGGAAAUACAAGGUGAAACCGGACGAUGGUGAAGGAAGUAGUAGCGAAGACUACAGGCGACAACAGAAGGUGGUCAGGGGCCAGUUCAUUAGGGUCAAUGUCAACCAUUGCGCUGUGUUGCCGCCGGCCAGUCCGGAACCGGAAAGGAAGUCCAGUCAGGAGUCGCCGGCCAAGUCACCCUCCGGCCAAUCGCCAACAACCGUCGUUUCGGACCGACUGUGGUCAACAGCCGAUUACGACAGAUUGGACGGUCGGUAUGAACAACACAGACGAUCAUCUCGGUCCAGCAGUCGAACUCGAAGCAGGAGCACAGGCCCUGGUCGAAGGCAACAACAUCCGUUGCAACUGGCCGCUGUCCAGCCAUCACAUCCUCCGCCAGUGGCAUUCAGCCGGUAUCCGAACAUCGAACAGCAGCAGCCGUCAUCUUUCGGCAACCGGUUUUUCGGCAAACUCCGUGAGAUAACUUCUGGUAAUCAGUCACCACCACUACAGGACUUGCAACCAGUAGCUUUCCGGCGUCGCAACAGCGUCGGCGAAUCUGUCACCGCCAACUUCUAUCAAUACUUCAGCCAUCAACACCACCACCAACAUCACCAACUUGGCCAAUACCAGCAACAGCAACAACAACAGCAACAGCUUUAUCAGCAGCAGCUCCACCAGCAGCAGAGACAACAGGCCAAAAAUGGCGGACAUCUCAAGUCAGUGAUCAAGAAAAACAAUAAGAGCCAACUCUAUCAACAUACCUACGACGAACCCAAAAAGGUCACGUUCAGCGCCUACGCCACUGUUCAAGUUGUCGAUUAAUUAGGCGCUCCUCUCCCCAUAGAUUCAUUGUACCAUAUACAAAGUUUACUUGUGUUAUCGAACGUCAGUCGUCGUCGUGUUACCAAUAGAUUUAACCGGUCACGCUGACCGCCUGUCGGGCAAUAGGGCGUAGUAUAUUACCGAAAAAUUGCUCAAAUUCACCUAUAUGUUUUUGUUCGGCAUCUGCAUCUAGUAGAUUACAAUAUGUAACAACAUUGACUGUAGGAUGAUUCGAUUUAAAAUAGGUAAAUGAUGAAUUCCUAUUUAACGUUUUAAUGAUUAGAAAAUAUAUACGUGUAAUCGAUAGCUUAUUUCACUUUUUAAUAAUGAAAAUAAUCAUAGCACCGCAACAUACAUUUUUCGUUCUAAAUAUCAGUUUUUUCCGUCACAAAUUCAAUCAUCAAAUCAAAAUCUAAUAAAUCGUUAUGGUUGCACGUCACAUUGGUCAUUGUAUUAGGAGGUCAAGUUCGUGUCUUCGUCGUCGAAGGCAUUUGUAAACUGGGCCCCCGACACGACACUGUAUUCAUCGUUAAUUUACUCUACUUCCUUUUACGUGGGAAUUCUUUGAUUGUUUCAUCGUUUUAUCUUCGGACGGAAGAUAGUAAACGGACGGAAACGACAUUAAAAUACGACGUGUGUUUAUUUUAAUAAUAAGAAAUAAUCGUACAAAGUCGAAGUGACAGUAAACCUAUUUAAUAAAAAUGAGCAUAAUAUUGAAUAUUACGUCAUUGUUGUUCUAGUUUUGAGAAUGUGAUCGAUCAAUUAUUAUUCUGCUAUAUAUUUUUAUCGACACGCCAUUCACGAAUAUUACGCCCUCUUACCCGUUACGCGUUCGCGUUUUAUUCUAGUAAAGCUAUUCACUACUCAGAUUGUUGCUCAUUAAACGAAAUAUAAAUAUAUAUUUUAUUUAUGAACGUAUUUUUUUUUAUAUAUUACCUAAAUAAUAAGUCAUUGCUGGCGCAUAUAUUAUUGAAUUGUACAUUAAGUUAACUUAUAUACACAACAUUUUAAUUGUAGACAAUAAG